ACGUUGCUUAUUAUUAUCAUCUUACCUACCACUUUUCUCGGGACUGACAAUGCAGUUUCAAAAAUGUGGACGAGCAGAAGAGCUGUCCUGAACAAGAAGAUCUUCGUCACUGUUCUGGUCAUCCUCAUUCUGGUCAAUACUUAUCAUUUAUGGCUCGGAAAGCGGUAUUUCAGCCAUAUUGCUCGGGCGGCAUUCCACGAUCACCAGACGCAGUUCCGGAAUCAAUUUUAUCUCUUGCUCGAUAAAUAUGCGCCCCGAUGUCCGCCUCUGGAAUUGAUUAAGUCGGCAGGGUGGCCGAGAUACGACGCCGUGUUUGAAAUCGAUCGGGAGAAUCAUAUCGAUAAGGCCGAUGAGAUCUUACAGCCCAUGCAGACGGCGCAUGAUGGCUUUGUCCAGGCAACCCGGAAGCUCUAUGUUCCUUAUAUGGUUCUGACAGAAGGCAUCGUGUCGUCUGCAGGGGGUAAAUAUAUGCCGACCUUUAUAGUGACCCUGCGUUUGCUUCGACGAACUGGGUGCACAUUGCCGGUAGAGCUCUUUGUCAAAGAUUCGACUGAAUACGAGUCGCACAUCUGUGAGAAGACUCUCCCGGAACUCAAUGCGAGAUGUGUAGUGCUCUCAGAGGUGAUGGGCCUAGAAAACCCAAAAGGCACUCAUAAUACAGAUGGGGUAAAAAUCGAGCACUACCAACUCAAAUCCUUCGCGGUCCUCUUCUCAUCAUUCGAAAAGGUCAUCUGGCUAGACGCCGACUGCAUCCCUAUCCAUGACCCUGCGACCCUUUUGACCACCGACCCAUUCAAAUCUACGGGCCUAGUCACCUGGCCUGAUUACUGGGCCAGCACCAUCUCCCCACUAUAUUUCAUCAUCUCUCACCAACCCGAGUUUGCCACCACAGACCGCGCAACAACUGAAGCAGGCGUGUUCCUGGUCUCCAAGAAAGCCCAUUCCCGCACCCUCCUUCUAGCAGCCUACUACAACUACUACGGCCCAUCGCACUACUACCACCUCCUUGACCAGGGCGCCCCGGGAGAAGGCGAUAAGGACACGUUCAUACAGGCUGCCGCCGCCGUGGGCGAGAAAUUCUACACGGUCAGCGAGAAAGUUGCGGAUCUGGGUCAUCAGCGCUAUGAAGGGAAUGACCAUGACAUUAUCCAUGUAGCGAUGCUGCAGGCCGAUCCGGGGGAGGACUACAAGCUUACCCAGCAAGGGAAAUGGCGGGUAGAGGAUACAUCUGUGGCUGCUGCCCCUCGGGCAUUCUUCAUCCAUGCGAAUAUGGUCAAGUUUAACCCCGGGGAAAAACUGUUGGAAGAGAGCUCGAAUGAGUUUGAUGAUGGGCGGAGGAGGAUGUGGACCGCUCCACAGACAUCAGUUCGGCGGCUUGGAUAUGAUGUUGAAAGGGCGGCUUGGGAGGAGGUCAUGACAGUGAGCUGUACUUUAGCGGGUGCUUUUGAGACUUGGGAGGCUGGGGAUGGGUUGUGUGAAGAUGUUCAGAAGCAUUGGGAUGCUGUUUUUGAUAAUCCGGAUGCUGACGGGCUUAAUUUUACGCAACAUUGAUUGUUGACGCUUUGUAUAUAGAUUCGUGCAUACUGAUCUUGGCAUGAUGUGUAAUGCUCUGAAUGCUCGUACUAACUGUUUUCCAAGAGCUUUAAGUAACGAUCAAUUCCAUAUCCCCA